AAGCGGAGGAACUCUUUUUUUAAGUUGGUGACGGACGCUGCACAAAUUCUUCUAGCGCAACAUGAAACUGUAGAGUCAACGGGGCCACGAAGAAGACAAUAAGCGUUAAAUUGAAACCGAGAGGAGGACUCUAUCUACAAUGAAAACCAAUUUAGGCGUCGUUUCCACAUAAGUCGUCGAUUGUUUCUCCUUAUUGCCGAUGACUUGGCCGCCAGAAAUCCAUUUUUCACUUUACAUUUAAUUGGAUCCAAAUGGGAAGCAUUAACAAAAAGUACGUUUGGUCCAUUGUGAAUUCCGCCUGCGCCUUCCAUUCCAAAACCCUUCUUAAAACACAUCGAUCUGCAGCGCAAAUCAAGCAAAUACAUAUCGGCUUCAAUGGCGAUAACCUUGCUCUAUCAGCCCCUGCCCUUUUUCAGCCGCUCUGUUGAAAAGCCUAACCCUAAUCUCCGCUUCCCCGCCGCUCUUAAGUUCGGCGGCGGAGGAUCUGCCGUAACAGCUUGUUCUUCCGUCUCCAUUUCCGACCCCGAACCGCGGUACGCGUCUGUCAAGUCCUUUGCUCCGGCCACCGUUGCGAACCUCGGCCCUGGAUUCGACUUCCUCGGAUGCGCCGUCGAUGGAAUCGGCGAUUUCGUCACCGCCCGCGUCGAUCCCGGCGUUCGGCCUGGGAAAGUCUCGAUCGCUGAAAUCUCCGGCGCGGGAGGUAAGCUUAGCAAGGAUCCGCUGUGGAACUGCGCCGGCAUCGCCGCCAUCGCGGCUUUGCAGAUGCUUGGCGUCCGAUCUGUCGGCCUCUCCCUCUCCCUCGAGAAGGGGCUGCCGUUGGGGAGCGGGUUGGGAUCCAGCGCAGCGAGCGCAGCCGCCGCCGCCGUCGCGGUCAACGAGCUGUUCGGCGCCCGAUUGUCCGCCUCGGACCUCGUGCUCGCCGCGCUAGAAUCGGAAUCCAAGGUCUCCGGCUACCACGCGGACAACGUGGCGCCCUCCAUCAUGGGCGGAUUCGUGCUGAUCCGGAGCUACAAUCCGCUGGAUCUGAUCCGAUUGAAGUUUCCACAGGAUAAGAACCUCUUCUUCGUGUUGGUAAAUCCAGAAUUUGAGGCUCCGACGAAGAAGAUGAGGGCGGUCCUGCCGGCGGAGAUCACAAUGGCGGACCACAUCUGGAACUCCAGCCAGGCGGGAGCUCUGGUGGCGUCGGUGCUGCAGGGAGACUUGCCGGGGCUGGGGAAGGCGCUAUCCUCUGACAAGAUCGUGGAGCCCAGGAGAUCGCCAUUGAUUCCGGGGAUGGAGGCGGUGAAGAAGGCGGCAAUUGAUGGUGGAGCUUACGGUUGCACCAUCAGCGGGGCGGGACCCACUGCGGUGGCCGUGACGGAUGAUGAGGAGAGGGGGAAGGUGAUCGGAGAAAGAAUGGUUGAGGCCUUUCUCCGGGAAGGAGGUCUGAAAGCUACGGCCAUGGUGAGGAAGCUUGAUAGAGUUGGAGCUAGGCCUAUCUUCAGUGCUCCCAGGUGAUUUUGCUAUGAAUUUUUUGUAUCCCAAAAAUCAUACCCCAUUAUACCCCACUUUGUAUUCAAAGACAUGCAUCAUGCAGAUUCAUGCUAGUGCUAGUGUAAUUGUUUACAUUGAUACAAAAUGUCAGUGUAAAAUUUUUUGAUUACACUAACAUUUUAUGCGGGGAUAAUAAUAACAAUAAUACGGAGUAAUAAUAACGAAUGAGGGCUGUUUGGCAACUUCUGAAUGGGUAAGUGCUGAACCAGUAAGAGGUCUGAACCAUUAAGAGCUAGUAUAUUGCUUAACUAUUCAGAGGCAAAUGUCUGAUCAAUUCAGAUAAGAGGUCUUAACCAUUCAGACUCUGUAUAAUACUUAACCAUUCAGAGGCAAAUCUCUUAACCAUUCAGACAUCUGAACCAUUAAGAGGAUGAAACAAACAGUCUGAACUUAA